AUGAAGUUUUUAUUUCUGUUUUUUUUAUUUUUGAUUCUAAGUGAUUUUUGUGGAGCAAGGACAGCUGAAAAUCUUAAAGUUCGUAUCGAUGAUGGAAAAAUUAUUGGAAGAUACAUGACAUCAAUUUCCGGAAGAGGAAUUCGUGCCUUUCUAGGACUUCCAUAUGCUGCUCCACCAAUCGGAGAGUUGAGAUUCAAAGCAGCUAAGAAACCAACACCAUGGUUCCAAGAUUCAUUAUUAGCCCAUAAUGAACCACCCAUGUGUACCCAAAUAAAUAUUUAUGAUCGAACUAAAAAACGCGUUAUAGGACAGGAAGAUUGCUUAUACUUAAAUGUUUAUACACCAAAUAUAAAUAUAACAGAAAAAAAUUUCAAGAAGCUUAAUGUUAUGGUGUGGUUCCAUGGAGGCGGUUUUGUUGAAGGGCAUUCUGGUCAUAGUUUGUACGGCCCAGAAUAUAUUUUGGAACAUGAUAUUGUUCUUGUUACUGGAAAUUAUCGCUUGGGACCGUUAGGCUUUCUUUCAACAGAAGAUGAGUAUUGUUCAGGAAAUUUUGGUUUAAAAGAUCAAUUAAUGAUGCUUGAAUGGGUCCAAAUGAAUAUUGAAAAAUUUGGUGGCGAUGGAAACUCUGUAACUAUCUUCGGUGAAAAUGCAGGUGCCGCAUCUGUUAAUUAUCAUAUGUUUUCUCCAAUGUCUCGAGGGUUAUUUCAUCGCGCUAUAUCACAAUCAGGAAACGUAAUGGAUGUUUGGGCAGAACCACACAGACAGGGAUUAGCAAAAAUGAAGGCAAUUAGACUUGCAGAUAAGAUGAAUUGUCCUAUUUCUGGCAGUACAAUUAGAGAAAUGGUUGAAUGCUUAAGAAAUGUACCAGCUGAAGAAAUUAUUGCUUCUGUUGGAGACUUUUUGGAAUGGGAUUUUGAUCCACUCGUUCCAUUUGGACCAGUUGUUGAAUCUUCUGAACUUGAAGAAGAGCCAUUUAUUAUGGACUUGAAUUAUAAAAAAUUUUCAUUAGAUAUUCCAUGGCUUCUUGGAAUAAAUAGUGAAGAAGGAAUUUUUAAAACAGCAGGAAUUCUUAACAGCCUAAAACUAACAAACGAUUUAGCACAAAAUUGGGAAACUAUAAUUCCAACAUCAUUUUACUAUGAUCAUCUAUCAGAACAGGAAAUAACCGAAAUAAAUGUCGCAAUUUAUGGUUUCUACUAUAAACUUGGUUUUCUAGGAGAAUACAAGGAAAAUUUAACAUCGAUGUGGUCUGAUGGAUGGAUGGUAAAUGGAAUCAUCGAUAAUUUGCAACAAAGAUUAGAGGGCAAUAACCGUGACAAUACUUAUGUAUAUUUGUUUUCACAUAAAGGUUCGAUAAGCUUUUCAGAAAUAUUAGGUGCUAAUCGAGAGAAAUUUUUUGGAACGUGCCAUGGAGAUGAUUUGCUUUAUCUAUUCCCAAUACGACACAAUACUCCACAAUAUUACAACUCAAUCCCCACAAACGAGGAUACAAAAUUGCGAAAACUUAUGACAAAGCUUUGGGUUAAUUUUGCAACUACUGGAAAUCCAACACCUGAAUGGAGUAAAAAAUCCAAAUUGCCUUAUUGGACUCCUGCAUCAAAAUUUCCACUCGAUUACAUGCAAAUUGGAAAUGAAAAUGGAAAAUCUGACAAAUUACUUGAAAUGAAAAAGGACCUUUAUACAGAGCAUGCAGAGUUUUGGAUAAAACUCAGAGAAAAAUAUGGACUGAGAGCUUGGAAAAAUGAGAAAAAAGGCAGAGAUGAAUUGUAAAUAAAUAUUUUUAUAAACAAAUGAUAAAAAGGUUUAAUAAAAAGUUUUACUACAUUGAAU